AAUCACCGCUUUGCCCAUUGUGCGUAUGGUAGAGGGAGCAGCUCUGGACGACGUCUGACUUCUCCUACUGUCUACUUGGCUCAUCCUUCGAUCCCAUUACCGCCCAUAUCGCGUCCUUACUUAUUUGAUGCCUGUUGUAGCCGCAUUCCCUCCUGCGCCCCCGAGACUAGGUUGUGGAUCAUCGUACAGUGAGAACAGCAUCACAUACCCGUCCACCCGCCCUGGAAACCACCAUACACCGAGUCCAACAAUGCGGAAUGGCUCCGUCAUACCCAACGAGAAUCUUAGCAUCUCCGAGAUCAAGGAAAGGGCGAAAGAAGAUGCCCGACGGUAUGCAAAGGGCAUUUCCGCGAUUUCACUUCUCAGGUCUGCCCGCUCUCAGCUGCAGACUGCACAGCUCCGCGAAAAUGCGGGCGACCUCAAGAGCGCGCUCUCUUUUCUGUUGAAAGCGGGAUCUCUUGCUGCUAUGGUCAUGAACAGCGACGAGUUCAUUAACGAGAGCAAAUCUGGAAAGCACGGCGUCUUGUACCGGGAGUUCGUCAACUUUCAAAAGACUGACGGCAAUAAUCUGAAACAACGUGUCGAAGCCAUCGAAUGGAGGUUGACCGAUCUGGAAAAGUCCGCUUCAGCUGAUCUCGUUUCCAACACCGCCACCAGGAUGGCUGGAACGUCCAUUGCUGAUCGCGUCAAGUCCUUGAACGAUGCCGGUCUUACUGGAGCUACAACAGGGCGCCUCUCACGGGAAGUCCCGGAUACGUCGUCGCCAUUACCGGCACCAAAGUCAUUGGAAGCAGGGCCAUUACACAGACUAUCUACAUCCACACCAUCGCAUUCGCAACCCUUUCAGCUUCCUCUUUAUACAUCGGCUGCUCCAAACAGCUCAGCAGGGUCGUCACCGCACGCAGUUGUUCCGCUCUCAAGCCUCGGCCCACCAUCCCCCGUGUCUGAUUCUUCGUCACCUCGUCCAUCUCAUACUAGUAUUUCUGAUUUUACUCAGUCUUUUCCCGACAUACAACAAUUGAACCUAUCACUAUUUCCAUCUAACUCUCAAACUUUGGAAGGUAGUUCCACCGAUAUUGACUCGUUCGCGUCUCAUGUGGAUGAUAUGGAAUCGAUAUUACCACCCCACUUGAAGACCUUUCCUUCCGUAUUCAUCGAUCCCGGACGACGGCCUUCAAGUACGCCUGUUACGCCUACUGUAAAUGCUUUCAUGAGUCGCCCUACCUCGCCAGCAAUUGCAUCAAAGCCCUCGAUCAAUAAUUUUGCAUUUUCUUCAUCGCCCUCAAAAUCCUCUCCUUUAUCAGAAAGGACGGUCCCCAUCUCCAACGCUGUAAAUCCUAGGCAGCUGUUUGAUUAUCUCCAUAAGUUCAAGGUGCUUCUUGUCGACAUUCGAACGCGGGAGGAGUUCGAAAUAGAACAUAUCAGGGACGGUGCAAUAGUUUGCAUCGAGCCCUCUGUGCUUACACGCGUAAACGCUUCAGCGGAGAGCAUCGAAUGUUCCUUGGCUGUCGCGCCUUCCGAAGAGUUGGUCCUUUUUCAAAACCGUGAAAAGUUUGAUCUGGUAGUGCUGUACGAUGCCUCAUCGGAGGCGUACGACAACGGAGGUCCGCUUUCAACUUUCGUUCGACUCGUGUACGAACAUGCGCUCAGAAAGGCACUCCGGAGCCCGCCAAUGCUCCUCAUUGGUGGUCUACAGGCUUGGAAAAUGGAGUUCGGGGACAAUGAAGUUACUAGAGGCGCCUCCAGUGCCCGACGAAACCUAACAAGCGUCGCUGAAAACCGCCUCGGUAGUACACCGGUGCCUCUGCCGACUCCAACCACACCUGCGUCAACUCGUCUCCAGCUCCCCCAGAAGCAGCCUCUUGAUAAUGGUAUGUCAUCAAGCGAUAAAGUGCCACCCGAAUUACAUCCACCACCCCAACUAUCUGAUGUGGGCAACCAAGUACUCUUGGACGGUCCCGUAUCUAUUAUCCGCAAGAGCCCCAUGCUUAGACCCCCGUCUACGCCGCCUCAUAAUCAUAGUCCUUCAGAACCAUCACCUUUCAGGUCUAUGGUGAUGCCUCAAUCUCCUACCAACAAUGCCAACGUUUCAACCGGGCCGAUCUCAUAUCCGAGCUUCUCCUCGGUCGCCCCAUCUAGCCACCUCCCGUUCUCUUCACCUCCACCCUUCACCGCUGUUUCCAUUCCACCACAAGCCUCGAUAAAUCCAUCGCGACGCCGUAGUGACUACAUGGAUGGCUCACAAUCCCCAAUUACGGGACUCACGCCUCUUGCAUCGCACUCUUCCGAACGUCAGGAUGCUCGGCCCCGCUUUGCACACGCCUCUUCAUAUUCGUUGACGACACUGCCCCAGGCAACGGAGCCAAAGCCACCGAUCAUUGACAGUUAUUACCCAGUCACUUAUUGGCCAGACACGCAGAUUACGACCACAGGAUUGAGGAAUUUGGGCAAUACUUGCUACAUGAAUGCAACAAUCCAGUGUCUUCGUGCAACGGUGCCAUUUGCUAGGUUUUUCACAGAUGGGCGGUGGAAAUCUGCUGUCAAUAUGCGCAAUCGCUUGGGUACAGAGGGUAGGCUAGCCCAGGCGUUCGCUAGCAUCCUUUACAACAUCGGCUCUGACCAGCACGACUCCCAAGAAUUUUUGACUUUCCUUCUUGAUGGCCUUCACGAAGAUAUUAAUCGUAUACUCAUCAAGCCCGCGAAUAAUCACUCUACGCCACAACGUGAGGCUGAACUUGAAAAGCUUCCUCAACAGGUUGCAAGCGAGCAAGAAUGGACAAUCUACAAGAUGCGCAACGAUAGUCUCAUUGUGGACUACUUCCAAGGACAGUUCAGGAAUAGAAUGGAAUGCCUCACCUGUCACCAUACGUCGACCACUUAUAAUUCGUUCAUGUAUCUCUCCCUUCCCAUACCGGCUACAAAAAGUACUGGAAAGGUCUCAUUGUCCUCCUGCUUAGACGCAUUUGUCCGCGAGGAGACUUUGGAACAGGCAGAUGCCUGGCACUGUCCAAAAUGCAAACAACUGCGCAAAGCUACAAAGAAAUUGACGCUGUCCAGGCUCCCUCCAAUACUACUGAUCCACCUGAAGCGUUUCUCGGUCAAAGGGCCAUUCACAGAUAAAAUUGAGACCGUUGUAGAAUUUCCCAUCAAGGGCCUUGAUCUCACAAAUUAUAUGCCCGCUCCUCUGCCCCCAAGCAUGGUGGGCUCCGCCAAUGGUAUACCGCCUAGCAGCGCUGACGACGCCCGAGUCCAACUGCCACCUUACAAGUACGACCUGUAUGGUGUCACGAACCACUUCGGUAGUCUCAGCAAUGGACAUUAUACUGCAUUUAUUGCAUCCCGUGGAUCAUGGCUGUACUGCGAUGAUAGCCGCGUUGCUGCUACUGAUGCUAAAGAAGUGGUUGGCCGGCCUGCCUACGUGUUAUUCUACAAAAGAGUCAGAAACUAGAGGUGCCAUCGACGGCCAUAUUUAAACUGGUGCUUAUUGGUUUUUUAACCUACUAUCUGAUAUCGUACCUGUACUCACAUUUCCUCACUAUUUUACCACUGUACCCGUACCAUAAUGUUUGCUUCGAGGAAAUUACUGCACCUCCGACUUUGUCCCACAUGCAUUUGUAGUGUUCACUUCUUGAGGUACCCGCCAGAGAUGUCUCGG